AUGACCAAACUCUUCACCCCGCUCCGCGUCGGUCGCGUCGAGCUCUCCAACCGCAUCGCCAUGGCCCCCAUGACCCGCUUCCGUGCCGACGACAACCACAUCCCCCUCCCCUUCGUGAAAGACUACUACGCCCAGCGCGCCUCAGUACCCGGCACCCUCCUAAUAACCGAAGCAACCUUCAUAUCCGCCCGCGCCGGCGGCUACCCCAAUAUCCCCGGCAUCUACAACGACGCACAGAUCGCCGCAUGGAAAGAAGUUACCGACGCGGUGCACGCGAAGGGCAGCCACAUCUACGUGCAGCUGUGGGCGCUAGGCCGAGUCGCAAGCCCCGACCUCCUCAAAUCCGAGGGCGGAUUCGAUCUCGUGUCGAGUAGUGCGACGCCAGCGAGCGCAGACGCGCCUACGCCGCGUGCACUGUCUGAGACUGAGAUCCACGAAUGGAUCGCGGACUAUGCGCAGGCCGCACGCAAUGCCAUUGCGGCUGGAUUUGAUGGUGUUGAGAUCCAUGCUGCCAAUGGGUAUCUGAUUGAUCAGUUUAACCAGGAUACGUGCAAUAAGCGCACGGAUGCAUGGGGAGGUAGUGUAGAGGGACGGGCGAAGUUCGCCAUUGAGGUUUCGCGCGCUGUUAUUGAGGCUAUUGGUGCGGACCGCACUGGUAUUCGAUUCAGUCCUUGGAGUACAUUCCAGGGGAUGCGGAUGGAGGAUCCCAAGCCGCAGUUUGAGUAUCUGGCGACGCAGAUGGCGAAGCUGGGACUUGCGUAUGCGCAUGUGGUUGAGUCUCGUAUUGCGGGUAAUGCCGAUGUGGAGGCGACUGAUCAGUUGGAUUUCUUCCUGCGGGCUUAUGGAAAGGCUUCGCCUAUCAUCAUUGCUGGUGGGUACAAGGCUGAUUCGGCGGCUCAGGCGGCUGAUGUCAAGUAUGCGGACUAUGAUGCUAUCAUUGGCAUUGGACGUCCGUUUAUUUCGAACCCUGACUUGCCGUUCCGUAUUCAGAAGGGUAUUCCCUUCGUGCCUUAUGAUCGGGACACUUUCUAUGUUCCCAAGGACCCUAAGGGAUACACGGACUAUGAGUUCAGUGCUGAGUUCCAGAAGACCAUUGAGGCUGCAGCUUGA